AUGGAAAUGCUUGGAAGCCAACGCGGGCCUAGACUUGAACUGUGGCAAGAAUUUGAUAUGAUCGCUGGGACCAGCACAGGCGGAUUAAUUGCCCUGAUGCUCGGUCGACUUCGGAUGUCGGUGGCAGAUUGUAUUCAAGCAUACAAGAAUCUAUCUAGAGAGAUCUUUGUCCCGAGCCAACGAAAUGCCAAUUUCGCAGGGAAAUCCAUGGACUUCCUCAAAGCGAGAGGGCGAUUUCGAUCAGAACCGCUGGAAGAGUGUGUCAAGGCCAUGUUGCGGGCCCGUGAUCUUUCGGAGGAAGAACUAUUAAUGGAUCAUGGCGCGGAUUCGCCGGCCGUGUUUGUCUGUGCCGUUGAAGGAAUCAACAGUGGUGCAGUAGUAAUUCGAUCAUACAAGAGUGAGGAGUUCGACGAUUUGUAUGGCAAGUGUCGGAUUUGGGAAGCAGCGCGUGCCACGCCUGCAGCGUCGACAUUUUUUGACCCCAUCCAGAUCGGUGGCCGGAUGUAUGUGGACGGAGCACUGAAGCAUAAUAAUCCCAUCGAGAAGGUUGAUGAAGAAUCUACCGCAUUGGAACGGGUAGCGCCCCCUGGUCCGGACGUGACGGGUGAUUUUAAAUCUCUGGUCGACGCGCUGAAGAAGAUUGUCACCGAAACCGACGAUACGAGCAACGCCUUCCGGAAACGAAACCGGGACAUGAUCAACGCAGACCGACUGUUCCGAUUCAACGUGUUCCACGGCCUGGCAGAUGCGGGCCUCGCGGAGCAUGAGGCGGUCAACAAAGCCGAGGCACAUACGGGAACCUAUUUGAAGAGAUUCGACACCGCUCGUGAUGUAGAGCGAUGUGCCAAUGCGCUCAAGGAGACUGGCCAGCGACUGGGAUAUAUUGCGGGUGGAGGUUGGUAG